GCAGUGGCCUCUCGCGAGAUUUGGAGCAGGCAGGUGACAGGACCCGGAAGUGUUGUGAGUGUAGAGGAGAGGAAGAGCUCAGGAUGGACGAUACAUUAUUUCAGUUAAAGUUCACAGCCAAGCAGCUGGAGAAACUCGCCAAGAAAGCGGAGAAGGAUUCCAACACAGAGAAUGCCAAAGUGAAAAAGGCUCUGCAGCAGAAGAAUGUAGAGGUUGCCCGGGUCUAUGCUGAGAAUGCCAUCCGGAAGAAGAACGAGGGGCUGAACUGGCUGCGGAUGGCCUCAAGGGUUGAUGCAGUCGCCUCUAAAGUCCAGACAGCAGUCACUAUGAAAGGGGUGACGAAGAACAUGGCUCAGGUGACGAAGGCUCUGGACAAAGCUCUGAACUCUAUGGAUCUGCAGAAGGUCUCGGCUGUGAUGGACAAAUUCGAGCAACAGGUUCAGAAUCUGGAUGUACACACGUCGGUGAUGGAGGACUCCAUGGGCUCUGCCAUGACACUGACCACCCCCCAGGAACAGGUGGAUAGUCUUAUUAUACAGAUUGCAGAGGAGAAUGGACUGGAGGUGAUGGAUCAGCUGAACCAGCUCCCGCAAGGAGCAUCAUCGGUAGGAGAGAGCUCCACCCGCACUCCGGAGGACCAGCUGUCACGCAGACUGGCUGCACUGAGGAAUUAACGUCCUACUUAUUCUGCACCCCAGUCUCCUGGGCUGGAAUGUUCUGGAGCUUCGGGUACACUGGGGUCACUUUAUCACUCUGUGGCCUUCACCGAUCAUUUUGGGAGGAUACCAGGCCCCUGGGCUAUACUGCUGCUUAUCUCCAGUUUCUCUGCUGUCCCGGAUCCUGAAGUUGGCCUGUUUUGUUCAAAUGUCUUGGUGCAUGAUAUUAAAGCCUAGGGAUUAGCACUUCACAAAGAGGGGAUAUGUAAUCUCUAAUCAUAUACAGAUUUCAUAUUCUGGCACCUCUUCCUUGCUCCCAAAACAAAGAAGACACUAUUCUGUUUGCCUUUCUGCUUUGCAAUUACUACCCAGAAAGCAUCUGGCAGCAGACAAGGACAUUAUAGCCUACAUAACAUUAAAUAUAUCAA